AUGGGGAAUAAGCCAUCUGUAAGGCGUUUGAGGUCUCUUAUUUUGUCUACUAAAGUAGACGUGGUAGGUAUUGCUGAACCAAUAAUCCCUUUCCAAAAGGCAGGGCGGCUAAUGAAAAAGAUUGGGAUGAGUGGUGUUGUUUCUAAUGGAGAGGCUCAUGGACAUAAGCUAUGGGUAUUCUGGCGACAAGAUGCACAGGUCAGGGUAAUGGAUUCGCAUGAACAGUUUGUUACCUUGGAAUGCAGGAUUGGUAGUGAGAAAGCGGUUCUGGUGUCCUUUGUACAUGCAUUAUGCUCCUUCUAUAAAAGAUGGUUGCUUUGGAAUGCUCUGUUGGACCAGGGGAUAGAUGCCUCAACCCCUUGGGCAAUUAGUGGUGACUUUAAUGCUAUCUUGAGUCCUGGAAAAAAGGUGGGUGGCCGGCAGAUGAUUUAUCGAGCUUCCCCUUUUAAGUUCCAGCAAAUGUGGAUUACUCACCCGGGGUUUAAGGAAUGUGUUCGACUGUGUUGGGAAAAUCAAGUGUAUGGCUUACCUUUACAGAUCCUGUACCUAAAACUGAAGGCCCUUCACAUCAGGCUUAAGGCUUGGAAUAAAUCUGUGUUUGGAAAUAUACACCAAAAUGCAAGGAAUGCGGAAGACAUGGUGGUUAGGGCUGAGAUUGAAGCUGAGCAAGCACCUAGUGAUGAUUCUAGAAGGGCAUUGAAAAAUGCCAGAACGAAUCUCCAUGAUGUUCUGUUACAGGAAGAGAUUUUUUGGAAACAAAAAUCUAGGGUGCGCUGGCUCAAGAAGGGGGAGAGGAAUACCAUAUUUUUCCACACUGCUAUAAAUGUUCAGCGAUGUAUUGGAAGGGUGGAGAAAAUUAGAGAUGCAAAUGGGGAGUGGAUUCAGGGCACGGAGAACAUUGCCUUGGAAGUGGCCAGGUUCUUUGCUGAUGCUUUUUCAUCUCAGGGAGUAACUCAAGAUGCGGACCUCUUGGACUUUAUUCCUAGAGUGGUAACAGAUGAGGACAAUGCGGCAUUGCUGCAUAUUCCAUCUUUGGAUGAAGUUAAGGAGGCAGUUUUUGCUCUUUCGCAGGAUAGUGCACCUGGUCCAGACGGUUUCUCUGGCUAUUUUUUCACCUCUUGUUGGGAGAUUAUAGGAGGGGAUGUCUGGAGGGCAAUAGAGGAUUUUUUUCUCAGGGGGUUGGCUUCCAAAGGGAUACACAUCAGCAAAUCUGGUUCUCAUCCCCAAAAAGGAGAACCCAGAGGUAAUCUCUGA